AUGGCCGACACUGCCGAGCUUUGCCUCCGCUGUCAUAAGGAGCUCAUAACGUUUAUGACCCUUCCUUGUCGCCAUCGAACUCUGUGCACGGGCUGUGCGGCACGCGUGGCGACGGCUCCCGGCGCACAGCCGCCAGUUCACAAAACUCGUCCUCCGACAGCAGAGCUAGAGCUGGGAAUGAACCUGAAAACGCAUUUCACAGCGUGCAUCUGUGUGCCGGCAGCAGCAGCAGCACCACCACCACCACCCUCGGCUUCACCAGCAUCGGCGGGUGCAGUGUCCGCAGCCCUGUCCCUGCUUGCGGCUGACCUGGGAUCGGAGGAGGUCAUCGGCCUGGAUGCGGAGUGGGAGCCGGAGCUGCAGCCGGGGGUGCGACACCGCAUCUCCGUCGUGCAGCUGGCAUCCGCCAGCCGCUGCUGGAUUCUGCAACCUGCCGGCAGCGGCAGCGGGGCAACCCACUCACCCUGCGCACACCAGGAUGGUCCAACCGGUAGUUUACCAUUGGGCUUGCAGCUAGUCCCACCGGAGCCGCAGCCGGGGGAGGAGUGCAGUGAGCAGGCGCGGCUGCAUGCGGGGUGGCUGCCGGGGGAGGUGGUGCGGCUGCUGAGCGACCCGCGGGUUAUCAAGGCUGGUGUGGGCAUCCAAGAGGACGUGCGCCGCUUGGAGCGAGACUUCGGCGUGCAGGUCCGUGGCGCGGUGGACGUGCGACUGGUUGCCCAGCGGGUGCACCCCCACUGCCUGGCGGGGGGAGGCAGUCUGCAGGCCCUCAGCUCCGCUCUGCUGGGGCGACAAUUAGACAAGUCGCCGCAACGCAGCCAUUGGGGCAGUAACGGUCAACUGGACGAGCGACAGGUCGCUUACGCGGCGCAUGACGCCUGGCUGUCCAGAGAGCUGCUGUGCGAGCUGCACGGCCGAUACAGCCGAUCAGACGUGGAUAUCCGCACAAGCGGGGCCGUGCUGCCGCCGCAGCUAUCUAUGCUGGAGUUCGCGGCGCCUUUCCUGGACGUUUUCAACGGCUUUAAGGGCAAGCGUGUGGAGAAAGUCUUGGGGCCAGCUUCCGGUGUUGUUGCUGCUCUUAAAACGGGGACAGCAACGGCAGUGGGGGACCGGGGUUGUUGCGCGGCUGAAGAGGUAGGAGGCGCUUCGGUCUCCGGGAUCUCUGGCAGUGGAUGUGGCGGCGGUCUAGCCGGCGGUGGGGCCCCACCUCGGCGGAAGGAGAUGAAGCUGCCGACGCGCAAGUCCGUAUUGUACGAGAACUGCAGGCUGCUGGCUCCAGACGGCGCCGUGCUGUGCACCUGCGGCGCGAAGAAGGUUGCAUGGUACCUUGAACGCGGCCUGGCGCGGGUGGUUUCGAAGGACCCUACCACCAUCCAGCUCAAGUUCGAGCCGCGUGGUCGAGGCCAUGCGGACGACGAAUACUACUUAUCCGACAAGGAAAACCGGUGCUGCGUGUGCGGCUCGACCGGGGAGUACCUGCGCCACAGCGUGGUACCGCACUGCUACCGCCAGCACUUCCCGGCCUCCAUGAAGAGCCACUUGAGCCACGACAUUGUGCUCAUGUGCCCACCCUGCCACAAGACCUGCAGUGUAAGAGACCAGCGGCGUAUGGAGGCGCUGGGCAGGACCUUUCAGGCCCCACUGGGCUCCGCCACCGCCGCCAAGUUCCGACAUGACUCCGGUUUGGGAGCGGUAGUAAUUCCACCCGCUCGGCGGCGGGAGCUUGAGGACCUGUUGCGGCGCCACUUUGGUGUGGAACACGUGGACGAUGCGCUGGUACGGCAGGCGGCUGACGUGGAUCCCCGUACGGAGGAUUUUAACUGGCGCAGCCACGCUGAGUUGGUGGUGCGAGCUCUGGGCGGGCGAGACAAGCUGGAGGGCUUUGUUCGCGGUUGGCGACAGCACUUCCUUGACACCAUGCGCCCACGCUUCAUGCCCCCUCACUGGCGAGUUGACGCGCGUGUGGCCAACAGCUCGGCUGUGGACGAGGACGAGGAGGCGAGGGAGGAGGACGAAGCGGUGGCGGAUGGGGAGGCGGACGAAACACAGGAGUAGCAGGACGGGAGCGGAUGUUUCGUCCCAUCGUUUAUGCGAUGCUUCCUGUUUAAAGUUUAAUUUUAACUGUUAGGGAAGUUAGGAAGGACGAAGAGGAGGUGCCAAGUGGCGCUGUGUGCACGAAGCGCCCAGCCAUUUUCAAAUCCUGGAGAGAUGGAUACACGCAGUGUAGUGAUGGGGCUCCCGCCUUUCUGCACAAAAGUGUGCGUGUGUGUGUAAUAUCUGAGUGAU